AGUCUGGCAUAUGGGCGGUCACUACUCGGCCUUAUCCCCCUAUAAAGAAGGUAAGGAUCGGGCUCCUCGCUCCAGUCGUGCGGACGCUGCGCUGCUUUGCCGCAAAGCCGUUCGGCGCCGAUGGAGUUCAAGGAGUACUGCGAGGGCGACGACGCGGACGGCACGGAGGACCUGGACAGCGUCAAGGCGCUCACGGAGAAACUCAAGCUGCAGACCCGCAGACCGUCCUACCUGGAAUGGCAGGAGCGGCUGCAGAGCGAGCCCUGGAAGGAGGGCGCAGACGGUGCGGAAGACGGGCCAGAUGCCCCGGUGGGGAAAGGCGCCGCUGACGUGCCCGCAUCUCUUAGGAAGGAGAACACCGAGGUGGUGGUGCGCAACAUCUGCGGCUUUGAUACCAUCGACGAUGCCUUGGAGUUUCUUCGCAAAGAGCUGAGAGAAAUGCAGGUCCAGGACAACCGUCUGGCCCGCCAGCUCAUCCGUCUUCGGGGGGAGAUCCACCGUCUGAAAGUGGAGCAGGUGUGCCACCGCCACAAGGAGAUGCUCGACGACGCCACAUACGAGCUGGAGGAGUGUGGCGAGGAGUCGGACCUGCUUUGUGACAUCCCCAUGAAGGCCGCCUUCGCCCUGUCAACCCCCCUCAAGCACCUGGGCCUCACCAAGAUGAACAUCAACUCUAGACGUUUCUCUCUUUGUUAAAGCCACUGUCCCCCGUAUAUCUUGUUGAGUAAUAUCUGUGAUUGCCCUGCUGGACUAACAGAGUUAUAUCCAUGUCGGGAUGUGUUUUGAUGUAAGAGAGUACCAAUGGCUGCCAGCGCUUCGUUUAAUGGUAAGACAUGCAAAGGACUACUUUGAUGUGCAUCCUCUUAAGGUGUGUAUGAGGAAAGACCUGUGUUGGGCCUUGUAAGAGCACUCACCUAUGACACAGACACACCUUUUCUACAGUACCUGACCUGAGCUGGUGUCAUGUUGUCAGUUCUUUGCACAGUGUAGAUAGCGAUGGGUGCAUAGAUAAUGGGUUUGGUGUUGACUGAGCUAUGAAGGGGAUUGUCGCAGUGAUUGAUAGGGCAUUUGCCGUUGUAAAACCAAAGUUUAAAAAAAAAACAUGUGCUCAGGAAGUGUCCCGGUAUUCAGGAAGGGAGUCUAUCUUCUCAUAAUGAAAGACGGGGCCACAGGGCCGAAAAAAUUACUUUGUUAACUUCAACGAGACAAAAUGGUCUCCUCAGGGAGCCCACACUUCCAGCAUGAAAGAAGUACUUGUUUUGUUUUGUUUUUCCUAUUUUAUUUUUGCAGAUGGAUAGACAGAUAAUAUAAUGUGACACAUUAAGGAGACCUCUGAAUGUGUGAAGGUGCCCAUGGGGAUCAAAUGAGAUGAGGAUACUGUUCACCGCCCCCCCCCCCCCCGUGUUCUUAUCUGGUGUGGUGUGGUCUGGCACGGUGCCCAACAACAUUCCCACAGGAAGUGGGUAAUCAUGCUCCAACAUUCUCACACCUCUUCACAGAACCAAAAUAACAGUCAUCUCGAGGCAGACACUACUGCAAUCAUAUAGGGCUUAAUAAGGGGCAACACCCCUUAUGUCUAAUUUUCCACUGAAAGCUUCAGAUGUUGCUGAGCAAAGACUCCAUAUUUGCUGAGCAGCUCAAAGCCACCAGCCGUAGAGUAUCGCACCGUACUAUAUUCCUAAAAUAUAUAUCUUUUUUUUUUUUUGGUGCAACUGAGAAAAAGCGAGAAGCUUUAGAUAUAUUUGCUGAAGCACCCGAAAAGUAGGGGGAGCUCUGUCACAAAAAUCAAUGACCGGACUAGUUUGCAAGUAGCUGAGCCAUUCUGAUGAGUUUAUCUAGAGCGUGCCUACGGGACAACCCCAUUGUGUUGCAGGGUGGCUUUGUUCCCAUUGUCAGCUAGUAUCUACCCUGCUGAAGUGCCUUUGAGCAUGAAACUGAACCCGUGCAGAUGUGUCACUCACCCUGACCCUCCUCUAAGCUCCAUGGGCCAAAAAAAAAAUUCCCAAGGAGAUACAGAGGGUCACAAAAUGAUCUGAUGAAACUGUUUUAGCAAAGAUACUUUGAAACUAAUGUUGUCAUCGCUCUAAUACGGUCACAAAAACAACACAAGACAGUGCCAACAGCCUUUAGAAGUAAUUUUCUUUUUCUUUUACUAACAUGUGUAAAUAAAGUUGCCAAUAAUGGUUGUUGAUGAAUGUUUAAAGAUAAACAUUGUGUUCUGUUGAUAAAUGUUUGUUAUAAACAUA